AUGCAACCGCGUGCGCGGCUACUGCCGCAGAGAAGGAACCGAUCGACAUGCGUCGCGUCUCAAGUGUGGGCCGUGCGCACCGUUUGUGAUCUGCGCCUGCGGGGUUCCGAGCGCGCGUUGCGUUGGUUGACGGUCAUUUGCGCGAGUCUGCCUGGCUGUGCUGUGAACGGUUUAAAUGUAGGUCGAACCGUGCCGCUGUUUGAGGGCGUGAAAGGAAAUGUGAUUCAUUCCUCUGGACAAGAAUAUCGCUUCGCUAAAGAAGAACGCUUCGUGGCUUCAAUAAAUGCUUGUACGCUCAAUAAAGCGAGUAGUGGCACUACAGAGGAACAAAACACGGCGAGACCGCAAGCGAAAAUCAACAACAUUAGCAACAACAGCAGCAGCAGCAGCAGCAGCAACAACAGCAACAUUGUUUUACAUAAGGUUUUGCAUCAUCUUGAAAUUAUUUUUGUGCUAUUUUUGAAUCACCUGUGGGUCUUAUUUAUAAUUGGAAUUCCCAACACCAAAAGUGACCAUAUUCAUCGGAUGGCGACCGUGUGCGUCUGCGUUGGUGGCAGAUGGAAUUGCGGUCAGUUCAAGUUUAGCCGGCAAACCCAACCGAACGAAAUGAACCGAACGUACGACUGUGCCGCUUCUGCCGCCAUUCCGGAAGGGAUCGCCACCCUGCGUUUCCAGAUUCUGAUCUACCUGGCUUACACGGCCAUCUUCCUGGUCUCGAUCGUCGGUAACGUGGCAGUGUUUCUGGUGGUCGCGUUCAUUCCACGCAUGCAAACCGUUACCAACUACUUCAUAGCGAAUCUCGCCGUCGGCGACAUACUGAUGACCAUCUUCUGCAUUCCGUUCAGUUUCGUGUCGAUCUUCGUGCUGCAGUAUUGGCCCUUCGGAGCGGCCAUCUGCCAGCUGGUUAACUACUCCCAAGCGAUCUCGGUUCUGAUCAGUGCCUACACGAUGAUCGCAAUCAGUGCCGACCGAUACAUCGCAAUAAUGUACCCGUUUCGGCCACGGGUCACUAAAAAAAUCGCCAAAUUCCUCAUACUCCUAGUGUGGACAGGAGCACUGUUCACAGCAGCGCCGAUUCCAGUGUUUUCAACUCUCAUCCAACCGACCGAAUGGUACGAUCAGUGUGACCUCUCAAUCUGCACCGAAGUCUGGCCGGACGAUCGCUCCGACUGGAACUACUCCAUAACGCUGAUCACCCUCCAGUUCCUGCUUCCGCUGGUCGUACUCGUCUUCACCUAUAGCCGGAUAGCCUUCAAAGUUUGGGCUAAAAUUCCACCCGGCGAAUCGGUGAAACAACGUGACCAGCGCAUCCUUCGAUCCAAGCGCAAAAUGAUUAAAAUGAUGAUCACCGUCGUACUGGUUUUUACCGUCUGCUGGCUGCCGUUCAACAUCUUCAUGCUGAUCCCGCUGGAUCCGGAAUGGCGACCGCUGCCCUACCUGUGGUUUCUCUUCCACUGGCUAGCCAUGUCCCACAGUUGCUAUAAUCCGAUCAUCUACUGCUACAUGAACGAAAAGUUUCGCCACAGUUUUCUCCAUCUGGUUCGCUCCGGUGCUGGACGACACUGCUGUAAGCGAUCGGUACGCAGAAGAAGUGAUGCCAGCAACAGCACGGAAAUGAUGCAACUCUUUCCAUCCGUAACGAUGCUCACCACCGUCAGUUUGGGUGCCAGCGGGGCGCAGUUCACAGCGGAAUGCUGUAAACGUUUCACAUAG